AUGGCUCAUCCGUUAUCCGAUGCCGCUGUUCCCUUGGAUUUCACAGAUGCGGAUCCGUUUAGUUCCGAAGACGCUGACUUCGCGCAAGCCUUAGAGGACGACCUUUGGAACGGAGACGAGGAAUCUAAUAGCGAGGAUGAAGAAAACGGAGGCGACGGCUGUGGUACAGAUCCGGGGUUUGAAGACGGAUCGGACGGUGAUGUGGAUGACGCGGACAGAUCUGACGGCGAGGGCGAGAGAGAUCUUGAACGGGGUGAACGAAAGCGAGGAACCUUGAGGGAUAUCGACGUCUGUGCGGCUGACGACAACAAUAACGAGGCUUCACAUAACGAAUCGGACAGCAGUUCCGGCGAUGAAGAAAACAGCAGGUCGCAGAAAAAGAGGCGGAUGGACCACGAAGAAAACGACAAAGGAAGCCAGCCAACAGGUUCUGCCGGCCCUACGGAGAUCGAGAUUCCCAAGCCAGCGAUUCGUUUCGGAGACCCGCAAUUCACGGGGAGUCUCGGGCUGCUUCCGCCGGAGCUGUACCACCACGUCCUUAAGUUCCUUUCCGCGGAUGACCUAUCAGUGUGCGCCUGUGUGUGUCGCUACCUCCGCACGGCAUCAUCUGAGGAGACUCUCUGGCGCCGAGCCUACUGCAUCCGAUGGGGGCCCCCUCCCCCUCCUCCGCCCUCCUCCACCCGUUCUGCCUUGGACGGACGAGGCGGAUCAGGGGCAAUGGGAGCAGGAGGGGGAGCAGCAGGAGCACAAGCACGCAGCCACUGGAAACGCCUCUAUUUUGAGAGGGACCGCGGAGAAAUGAAGGAGUUUGUUGCCGACUCCCCUCAGGACCUGCGGGGAUUUUAUGCGCAGCUACAGGCAGCAAAGAGGAACUUGGUGCCCAGGCGGGACCAGGUGUACGAUGAGUUGGUCCACGUCACGUCUGACCUGGCGCGAGCUGUCGCGGAGUGGCGCCAGCAGAACAAGCUUCCGGAGAGGGUGGAGGAGGCGCAUCGGUGCACUGGUGGGAACUGCACUUUCCACCGCAUACAGAAUGUCUUCUUAUGCGAGAAGACAGGCCGGGCACAUGUGUGUGACGACAACUGUGCAGAGCUCCUAGAGGAUGCAGAGAGCCAGAUGCUCGUGUGUGCCAUCAGCGGGCGGUGUGUUGACCGCAUGCUGAGUCCUCAAGAGGAGUUCGACCACCAGAGGGCUGCAGAAGAGGCAGCAUCCACAUGCCAGCCGGAGGAGCUGCAGGAGCCUUUCAUGGGAACAGGGAGGUUUGGGCGGGCAUUUGUGGCGGGUUAUUACUCCAGCAGCGAGAGGGACCUGCAUGAGAAGCAAUGGUCUCUUUGCGGCUUCUAG